GUUUCAUAGGGUCUUGGGAACUCUCAGAAGGAGUAUGAAAAGCAGGUUGUACUCUAUAGUAUCCGCAAUCAGCUCCGAUACCGGAAUAACUUAGUUAAGCAUGUCAAGAAAGAAGAACGAAAAUACUAUGAGGAGCUGUUAAAAUACAGUAGAGAUCAUCUCAUGCUCUACCCUUACCAUUUGUCUGACAUCAUGGUAAAAGGUCUGAGGAUAACACCAUUUUCAUAUUACACAGGAAUAAUGGAGGAUAUAAUGAACAGUGAAAAAAGCUACGAUUCACUGCCUAACUUUACUGCUGCUGACUGUCUACGGCUUCUUGGUAUAGGAAGAAACCAGUACAUUGAUCUAAUGAACCAGUGUAGGUCAUCAAAAAAAUUUUUCAGAAGGAAAACUGCUCGUGAUCUGCUACCGGUAAAGCCUGUGGAGAUUGCUAUAGAGGCCUGGUGGGUGGUGCAGGCUGGCUACAUCACAGAGGAUGACAUCAAGAUUUGUACUGCAUCGGAGAAAUCUGUUAUUGAUAAAAUAAUUGAUUCAGGUCCUCAGCUUGCUGGAUCACUAGACUACAAUGUAGUUCACAGUUUAUAUAAUAAAGGAUUUAUUUACCUUGAUGUACCAAUAUCUGAUGACAGUUGUAUAGCAGUGCCUCCACUUGAAGGUUUUGUAAUGAACAGACUGCAAGGUGAUUACUUUGAAACUCUUCUCUACAAGAUAUUUGUUUCAAUAGAUGAACAUACUAAUGUGGCAGAGCUUGCAAAUGUUCUAGAAAUAGAUUUAUCAUUGGUGAAGAAUGCUGUGUCCAUGUAUUGUCGAUUGGGUUUUGCCCACAAAAAAGGCCAAGUAAUGAAUCUGGAAAAUCUUCAUUCAUCAUGGAGGAACAUCCCUUCUAUAAAUAGACUAAAGAGUACUUUAGAUCCUCAAAAGAUGUUGCUUGCAUGGGACAGUGGGGAAAACAGGAGUCCUGUACAGGAAGCUUGUUCAUCAGCUACAGAUACUGACACAAACAGUCAAGAUGACCCAGCUGACACAGCCAGCGUGAGCAGCUUGAAUCUGUCUAGUGGACACACAAAGCGUAUUGCCUUUCUGUUUGAUUCAACUCUCACUGCCUUUCUAAUGAUGGGGAAUCUUUCACCAAACUUGAAAAGUCAUGCAGUAACUAUGUUUGAAGUUGGAAAAUUGUCAGAUGAGUCUCUGGAUAGUUUUCUUGUGGAACUUGAAAAGGUUCAAAGCACAGGUGAAGGGGAGGCCCAGAGAUAUUUUGAUCAUGCACUAACUCUGAGAAACACAAUACUGUUUUUGAGGCAUAACAAGGACCUAGUGGCACAAGCUGCACAACCUGAGCAACCAAAUGGUUUUCCUUUGGAUCUCUUACGAUGUGAGAGUUUACUUGGCUUGGAUCCUGCCACCUGCAGUAGAGUUCUAAACAAAAACUAUACCCUACUUGUCUCCAUGGCACCACUCACCAAUGAAAUUCGGCCCAUCAGCAGCUGCACUCCACAGCAUAUUGGACCAGCUAUACCAGAAGUUAGCUCAGUUUGGUUCAAAUUGUAUAUUUACCAUAUUACUGGUCAAGGACCACCAUCCCUAUUGCUGUCUAAAGGAACAAGGCUUAGAAAACUUCCGGACAUUUUCCAGGGUUAUGAUCGCUUACUAAUAACAUCUUGGGGUCACGACCCAGGCAUAGUUCCAACUUCGAACGUAUUGACAAUGUUGAAUGAUGCUUUAACACAUUCUGCUGUUCUAAUACAGGGACAUGGCAUGCAUGGAAUGGGGGAAACUGUGCAUAUACCUUUCCCAUUUGAUGAAGCAGAGCAGCAAGGAGACUUCUCUCGUGUGAAUAUGGGUGUUCAUAAAGCUUUGAGAAUGUUAAUCGACAAAGUGGAUUUGCAGCACUUUUGUGGCUAUGUUACCAUGUUGAAUCCUUUCUGUCAACACACGAACAGAAAGCUGAGCGAUGCUUCUGAUGAAAAAGGUGAACUUGAAUUGGCAUCAGCGUCUGAUGUAAAUGGGAGCACAGAAUCAUUUGAAAUUGUUAUUGAAGAGACACCUCUGGAUUCUGCAUCUAAGCAAAGCCCUGAAGUACCCACAACAGAACUUGAAUGGGUUCCCCUGGAAUUAUGCUUUGGAAUUCCACUCUUCAGUUCUGAAUUAAACAGGAAAGUCUGCAGAAAAAUUGCUGCCCAUGGACUAUGUAGGAAAGAAAGCCUUCAAAAACUCUUACAUUCCAGUAGAAAGCUGUCUCUACAGGUUCUUAAUUUUGUUCAUUCAUUCCAGGAAAGUAUUUCAACACUGGAUCUGCUUUCUGACACCAGUUCAAGUUUAUUUUCACAACCUACUUCUGCUGAUGUGGGAGUUCCACUUCCUGCCAAGAAUCUUAUGUUCAAAGAAGGCAUGUUAUCUGAAUGGAAUGGACGAUCACCUUCCCCAGUUCUUAUUGCAAACAUACCUAAAGAUCAAAUCAAAUAGUUUGGGGUCACCAAGCCUUGCUCACUUAAUGCCUUUUUUCUUUGUCUAUUACAAUUAAUUUAUAGUACCGACCAUGAAGAAGUGUUUUAGUGCUGCAGGAUAACCCAUAUGGAAGUAGUGUUUUAAAUUGUGUUGUGUUGCACUUUGGGAAAAUACACUGUGUACAGCUAGUUUAUUCAUUGGUACAUUUCCUGCUGCAACAGAAAACUCUUCAGCUAUCAGCGCUAUAUUUCUAUCUUGAGACAAUCUCUCUCUUUUAUAAUUCUAAAUACACCCUUUUUAGUUUUUCUGAUGAUUGUUAAAUUUCUAUGCUGUCACCACAAAAUUGCGAUAGUAAUUUUAUAUGUUCAUUGCUGUGUCAUAAACCCUGUUUAGUUUUGUGUUUUAUUACUGAAUUCUGCUUAUAGGUAAGAGGUUUGACUCUGGAAAAGUUCAGUAGUGCUCAAAUAAUAAAAAUCCAGUAUCAUGUUGAUAUUAUGGAGCAUUACGAAUUGUUGCUGAUAUCUGCAUAUUAUGUAGAUGAGCCUGAUGAUAAUGAAGGUUUGGUAAAUCAACAUAACAGUAAUUAAUUGAUACUGUUUGUGAGGUCUUAAGUUUUGAAGAUAUAAAAUUCUACUGAUGCCUCUAAGAAAUCUUGGAAAAAGAUUGAGUCAUUUUCAUACUUGGUUUAACUUCAUGGAGAGCAAUGGAAUUACACCAGUAAUUAAUUUGGUUCCCUCUGUUCAUAGAAAGCUGUUCACUUAUAUAAUACUGUAUUUCUUUUCUCUCUCGUUUUAUUGAAGCGCUUACAUGAAAGUAGGAUCUUUGCACCUUAAGCAUGUUUUCUUCUGUCAUAUGCCAUGUUGGACCCAGGAUAUUAGAGAGAAAAAGUAGGUGAGAUAAUACGUUUUAUUGGAGCAAUUUCUGUUGCUAAGAAAGAAAUGCUUUUGAACUUACACUGAACAGACCUGAAGAAGAGCACUGUGGAGGCUUGAAAGCUUGUGUGUUUCAUGAACCAGAGUUGCUCCAAUAAAAGAUAUUACUUACUCACCUUGUCUUUGCUUCUGUAACUUUAUACUCACCUACAGCUGUUCAUUUAUGUUUGUAACAUCACUGUAGAAAAGUGAUGUCACAAACCAAAGAUUUUAAUGGGAAAAUAAACAAUUGGAGAAGACUUAAUAUUAAAAGAACAAAGCUUUUGGUUUUUAUGUGGGUGUUCACAAUAAAGAAAAAAUGCAGAAAAAAGUGCAGAAAAUCUAUAGGCAGGUAUAUCUCUUAAAAUAAUUCUUUGUUUUCCUUAAGCCAUCAAUUAUGACAAAUAUUGACUUAAUCAUAUCUAGGGUUAGAAGGCUUCUUUCCAAGAGGUAGUAAGAAUUUGUGCAGUGUUGCUUCAUUUUAAUCUAAAUCUUACAAGGUGGUUUCCUGUCAGUUCAAAUGCCUUGUAUCCAGUUAAGAUCACUGGGAAAAUAACAAGUAUAUAGAAUAUUUUGCAGGUUAGUGUCUAAAAACUUCUUAUGACUUUUUGUUUACUGGAAUUCAGUCAUAUAAUCUUUAAAAUUGAACUAUGCUGUCAGCACCUGCCUGCAAUUUUAGCAGUUAUUGGACCAAGACCAUGUGCAACAUGCAGUGCUGGAAACUGUACAUGGUAAAUGUUGUAAUGUUCAGUUUUUGUAUUUGUUAUAUAAAAGGGUAAGAAGAAAAUAUUUGAUAUAUGUUUUAAAAGGAAAAAAUGCACACUAAUGUGAUAGAACAGAGAUUUUAAUUGGAAUGGAAUCUUCAGUUAUUUCCUUAUUUGAUUAACAUUCCUCUUAGGUGUAAAUGUGGAGCUUUCUUUCCAGCUGAAAAAAAUGGAAGUUGUAAGUACUUUAGCAUGAUCAAUGCAGCACUCAUCUCAUAUUUGUCUCUUUCCCGUUUACAUUUUACCAAUAACAGUUGAACUUGCUUAUUCUGCACAUAUUACUUCAUGUGUUGAUUAGUGUGUACACUACAAUAAAAAAGGUUGAUUUUUUUUUAUUGGCCAUGUACAAAUUGUCCAUAUUUUUCAGUUGAUGGAGAUUAUCUUACUACUUUCAAAGGAAAUUAAAAAGAAAAAAAUAAGAAUGCUAUAUGUUCUUUAUAGAUAUUAAUGUAAGGAUUGGGGGGAAAUAACAUAGAAAGAAGACUGAUCUGUCUGAAAAUUAAUAUCCUACAUGAAUAGCAUUCAAUCUACAGGCUACCAGAAGUGGAGGAACUAUACUGAAGGUGAUGCUUUACAUUUUCAGUAUUGUAGUUAUUUAAAAUAGUGCAGUGAGCUUUUGUAGGUUAGUUAGCAACCUACAACUGUCACCUGUAUAUUAUAUAUAUACAGAUAUGUAAAUUAUGUUAGUUCAUGUAAAAGUCUGUCUGCAAUCUCAAAAUUAAUGGAAGAAUUUUUUUAAAUUUUGUUUUUAUUCUCCACUAUUAUUGUUUUUAAUACUUAUGCUUGGUUGCAUGAAGCUAGGCUUCUAAAUAAAAGUAAUUUGAUUUUCAAAAUUGCUGAAUACUUAUAAAUGUGACUGUUAAUAAUAAUGAGCUGCAGGUAUUUGUCAGCUUUUCAGAAUUGAGCCACUCUUAUUUAGGUGUUUUAAGAUGGAUUUAGAAGUGUAACUGUAGCCACAAAGGCAUGGAAAUUUUACUGAAUAGGUGAAUACCAAAGAAAGACCUUAAAAUAGCAUAAAUUCAACUGCUUAGUACUAGCUAUGGUCCAGAGACUUUAUUCAAAUAAUAUUUUUGUUUUAAGUGUGGAGUAAAAUAAACACAGGCAAGACAUCCAUUCAAACCACAAUAAUCUUUUUAUAUUGUUGUUACGAACAAAGACAGUAUAAUAAUUUUUUUCUUCAAGUGGGUUAAUAAUUGUGGAAAAUAGAGUUCAUAAUAUUUUAAAUUUAUUGUAAGCAUCCAAGAAAUCUAUUAAGAUAAAGAAAAAAGUGGUUUGUUUUGUGGUUUGGGAAUAGUUUGGUCAACCUAAACUGUAUUUUAGCUGGAUUUAUCUUGAGAUAUAGGAGCCAACUAAAAAGAUUGCAUUGUGGAUUCUAUAACUAGCAGUUCAAAAAUUCUCACCUUUUUUUGUUCCUUGUUCAGUGUUUCUAACCUAGUUUGUAUUCUGAAGGUUUUAAAGUACAACUGUAGCUCAAUACAGUUUUUUUUCUGGUAAACUUUGUUAAUAGUAUACAUUGAAAUGUACAAAAUCUUGUGUUCAAUUCAAUUAUUGGCACAUGUAACAAAUGUUUACAAAUAAAAUGUGUUGUAGGUCAAAA